ACAGGACGACACCCAGACCGGUCCCCCCGCUCUCUCUUCACCAGGCUCCACCUGCUUUUUGUUGUUUCUUGUUUUGUUUGGUUUGUUUUUGUUUUGUUUUGUUUUGUUUUGUCUUGUUUUGUUCUGUCACACACGACCCGGAUUAAAUUACGCGUUGCGCCUUUAAGAAGCUGUCGCCGGGAUUAGAGUUACGCGCCGCGAGCCAAAUCGCCACCCGGAGGGGGUUUUUACGCACAGUAGGUAUCCCGUGCAGGCUCUGCUCCUUCAGCGACACCCCCCCCCCUUGCCCUCCGUCUCUCCUCUUCCCCCGCUGAUCCUGACGCGAACCGGGGAGCCCGACACACCGCGCGAGACAUGGCCGAGAUAGGCAAAGGGGUCACCGCCGGGAAACUGGCCAUCAACGUCCAGAAGAGACUCACCAGAGCGCAGGAGAAGGUCUUGCAGAAGCUGGGCAAAGCGGACGAGACCCGAGACGCUGCCUUCGAGGAGAUGGUGGUCAGCUUCCACAAGCAGAUGGCCGAAGGCGCCAAACUGCAGAAGGACCUGAAAGCCUACGUGACGGCGGUGAAGGCUCUGCACGACGCGUCGCGGCGGCUGCAGGACUGUCUGGCGGACAUGUACGAGCCCGACUGGUUCGGCAAAGAGGAGACGGAUGCGCUGGCAGAGGACACGGACACUCUGUGGCUGGACUACCACCAGAACAUCACGGACAAGUCUUUGGUUUGCGUGGACAUGUACCUGACUCAGUUUCCGGAAAUCAAGGCUCGUAUAGCGAAGCGCGACAGGAAGAUGGUGGACUUCGACAGCGCCAGGCAUCACUUCGCCUCCUUACAGAAGGGGAAGAAGAAGGACGAGGCCAAGAUCGCCAAGCCAGCAGCCCUGUUGGAGAUGGCGGCUCCCAGCUGGGCUCAGGGUUUGAUAUCGGCCCACCAGUUGGCUCAGACUAACCUCUCCUACAACCAGGCAGAGGAGGAGCUGGGCCGAGCUCAGAAGAUUUUCGAGGAGCUGAACGUGGAGCUACAAGACGAGCUUCCAGCACUGUGGGACAGUCGUGUUGGCGUCUAUGUUAACACAUUCCAGAGCCUGGCAGGUCAUCAGGAGAAGUUCCACAGAGAAAUGAGCAAGCUCAGCCAAAACCUGAACGACAUCAUGACCAAACUGGAGGAGCAGCGGCAGCUCAAAAAAGGUGGUACUGCAGCAGCCAAGAAAGAAGAUGGUGCAAAGAGUGACGAAGCCAACCACAGCGACCCGGCCAGCUCGCCACCGAAGGUGGUGCAGAGGCCCGGCCCUCCUCCCAGCCGGCCUCCGCCCAGACUGACGCCGUCUCCGGACCAGAGACGGCAGCGCGUCGGCCCGUCCGAGGACGGGGCCUCGGUGCCCGACGCUGACGCGGACCCCGCGGCCGCAGCAGCGACGCAGCAGGCGCCAUCAUGGGACUCAUGGCAAGAAAAUACCGCGGCAGAGCAGGAACCCCCUCAUGAUGACUACCAGUACCCAGAAGAGGCCCGAGGUGGCUGGGAUUACGACGAACGCUCCACCCAGAGCUACACUGAGCCCGGCUGGGAUGAUGCUCAGACGGCUCAAGAUCAGGAAAGCUGGAACGACGACGGAGGCUGUGCCGCCCAGUCGCAAAACGAACCCAGCUGGGAUGACGAUGGCGCCAAUGUGGGACAGGGUGGCUGGGGCGAUGAUGAAGCGGCACAGAGUGCAGUGUCCAAUGGCUCUGAUGGCGAACUCCCUCCAGGAUUCCUCUUCAAGGUAAAAGCAAUACACGAUUACACUGCCACUGACGGUGAUGAGCUGGAACUGAAGACCGGAGAUGUUGUGCUGGUUCUGGCCUUUGACAACCAAGAUGAACAGGACGAUGGCUGGCUCAUGGGCUUGAAGGAGUCUCAGUGGUUGCAGAAGAAAGAUAUUUCAGCCAAAGGUGUUUUCCCUGAAAACUUUACCCAGAAGGUUUGAGGCCCUAAAGAUUCUGCCCCUCUUCCCUGCCCCAGACUCUUCAGAUGUGUUAUCUGAGACAGAAAAAGUCAAAUCAUUCAUUAAAUGUCUAUCUACACAGUAAAAUGUUAUUGGUACUGCAUGAUUAGAAGUGUGCACUGAAAUAAAAGGACAUCUCAAUUGCUACAAUACCGAAUGAUUUGUUUGUUGGAAACGGCGUCGGUGUUUACUCAUCUGUGUACUCAUCACUGAUUUCUCGAACACAUUUAUGCAAAACAAAUUAAACAAAUGUCAAAGUUAAUGAUAAUUGAGAAGACGUGGGUUUAGCCUAUUUAUCUAAAAUGUUAAAGAUGUCAAAUCGUACACCCCAAGUUAAACUUAUUCCAAAAUUAUUUAUAUUAUGCUGAACUCAAAUGAAACACAAAACAGUGUGUUCGCAACAUUUAAAAAGAAGAAAUAAGUCAUGGAUGUACUGUAUGAAUGUCAAAAUAUUUAUGUUGUGUAUUGUCAAGAGGUUUUGAGAACUUUUCACAGUUCCUUGCAUGAAGCAUUUGAUCGUAUUGUCAUUUACUUUGUGACAUGACAAACACUGUGACAGCAGGUGGGAUCGCUCUAUGAAAUAUGGUUGUGAUUGUCAAAAAAAUUGCAGGUGUCCUAGAAUAGAGCCCUGGGGAACACCACAGAUAUAAACAGUAUGUUUGCAGGGCUUUGCCUUGCAUUAUUAAAAUCUAUUAGUUUCUUGGGCUUGUAGAAAUAUCAAAGGGAACAGUAGUUUUUCAUUUAUUUUAUUGGCCAUUUUGAGGAAAUGACUUGACGUGUGGCUUAAAUUUUCUAAUGCACAUAUGGUUUUAUUUUGAUUUUUGAAUCAUCUUUUCAUUGACGCAAGAAAUGCAAAUGCAAAACCUUAUCACCGAAACUCAUCUUCUUUAGUUGCCACUAUUUAAGACUAUUCAACCACUGAUUUAGAUGCAGUACUCUGAGACAGGAGAUGUACGUUUUUUAACUCUUCUUAAAUAUUUUUCAUAUGAAUUUGAUUCUGCAACUCUGUGCUUCUUUUGGACACAACUAUCUGACUGGACUUGUAGUCUUUUGCUGUAUAAAGGGUGACACUGGAUCAGAUUUGGAGACACAUUUUUCUUUAGUUUUCCCAGUAGAAAUAUGGUUUAGACUCCAUACUGUGAGUCCUUGGCUGGACUGUCAACAGCUGAAUGAGGCUAUAACCUUUGUUUUGUUCAAAAAUAAUGAGCCUUUCGUCCAAAGUAGCUCUAACCAAACGUCCAGUAGAAAACAAAGGUAAACCCAUGAAAAGGGUAUUUUUACACUGUGUGGAAUAAAUGAACAUGUGGUAACUAAUGCACCAUCUG